ACUCUGCCGGGGGGGGAAGAUGGCGGCGGUACCGGCUUCGUUGGCGGGCAGCUUCAAGGGGUCCGUUACUGCUCGGCGGGGGUUCGCAAGCGGGGUAUCGCUGAACCGGGGCGGGGCACAUCACAGCCCAUCCAGGCGCCGCUCUGGCAGCGGCUCCCCUGAGAGCGCCCGACACCGGGGACUGGGCUCCCGUGGGACGAACCUGUCCUGGGGGGCUGCGUCCAGCAGCGACCUCCGCAGAGCCCCGCGGCUGGAGAGGGCGGCGGAAAGUCGAACCCUGCCCCGGCUCGUGGCUCCCCGCCGGUCACGGCUCGGCAGUGUGCGCGGGCGGCCGUUGGGCCGGUGCGCUGAGGGGGCUCCCUGACCGGCGGGCGGCCAAAGCGCGGGGGGUGGCCGUGGAGUUCCGCUGUAGCCCGAGCUCCGCCUCCGUGCGCGGGGACACAGCGCGCUCAGACCGCUUGGCUCCCUGUGCGGUGCCGGCCAGGCUGUCAUGGGCCCUUCUUACCCCCACUCAGCUGGGGCGGCUGUCCUGGGUGACUCGCCCUUAUCGCUGGUCUCCCUUCUACACAAGCCCUGCGGGCAUCCUUGUCAACCCGCGCUUCCUGCAUCCUAGGGGGCACCGCAAACGCUGUUUUGGUAGCAAGGCAGAGACACACAGACCUGCCACUGGAAGUGAAACUGCUCCUCUGGCCAGACUUCACUCGCCCCCCAGUCGGUGCAGUUGUGCUGGGGGCUCCAGCGCCGGUAUAUCGGCAUGUAUUCAGUACCCAUGGAGGUGUUCCUCCAGCUGGAUGGUGAUGCAAGUGAUGCCUGUCAAAGAAGAUUUGUCAAGAACAUAAAUUACCAGAGUUGGAAAAACACUUCAUGGGAUCUUUUGCGUAUUUUACAAUUAAGGACAGGCUGCCUCAAAUCCUAACUAGGGUUAUUGAUACUUUGCACCGGCAUAAAAAUGAAUUUUUUGAAGAACAUGGAGAGAAAGGCAUUGAGGCAGAGAAGAACACUAUAUCCAUCCUCUCUAAGUUAAGGAAUGAGCUGCAAACAGACAAACCAUUGGUUCCCUUGGAUGAUAAACUCCCUGAUGUUCCACUGUGGAAUCAAUACCUAGAAUAUCAACAAAAUUUAUUGGAUGGAAAUGAACAGCCAAGCUGGUUUCAGUCCCCUUGGUUAUAUGUGGAGUGUUACAUGUAUCGCCGCAUUCAUGAAGCACUAGUUCGUAAUCCUCCAAUUGAUGACUAUGAUGUAUUUAAAGAAGCAAAGGUUCACAGCUUCUUUGAAUCCCAACAAGCUAUUGUUGCCUUAUGCACUUACUUGCAGGAACUUCUUAAAAACGUUGAGGACCUAGAUGAAAAACAACUUCAGGAAGAAUUUUUUAAACUGCUGCAGGUUUCAUUGUGGGGGAAUAAGUGCGACCUCUCCAUUUCAGCUGGUGAAGACAACUCUCAGAAAGCCAGUCCCGUAAAAUCACUGGACAACUUGAAAACUUCCAUCUUAGUGGAUGAUAUGGAAAGCAUUUGGUCACUGCUUAUUAACAGCAAGAAAAGAAGAACUUCAAAAGAAGUUACUAGAGUUGACAUAGUCCUGGAUAAUGCUGGAUAUGAACUUAUUACUGAUCUAGUACUGGCUGACUUUCUGUUAUCAUCGAAGUUAGUUUCUGAAAUCCAUUUCCAUGGAAAGUGUAUUCCAUGGUAUGUAUCGGAUACUACAAAGCAAGAUUUUAAUUGGACUAUUAAACAGCUGCAGUCAGCUAAUAAUAGGUGGAUGUCUAGAUGUGGGAUAAACUGGGAGGGUAGUAUUAAAAAAGGAGUUUUGGUUUACCAUGAUCACAUGUUUUGGACUCUGCCACACGAAUUUUGUAGUAUGGCUCAAGUUGCUACUGACUUGUACACUGAGCUGCAGAAGUCCCAUUUAAUUAUUUUUAAAGGUGAUCUGAACUACAGGAAACUAACUGGAGAUAGAAAAUGGGAGUUUACUGUUCCAUUUCAUCAAGCCUUAAACAAAUUUCAUCCUGCACCUCUUUGCAGCUUGAGAACUCUAAAAUCUGAUGUUCAGGUUGGUCUGAAACCUGGACAAGGUGAGCAGUUUGUGAAUUCUGAACCUGACUGGAUGAUAUGUGGGAAAUAUGGAGUAGUUCAGUUUGAUGCAUCUUUGUGAUUCGGCUGUGAGGUUGAUAGUUUACCUAGGGAUAGGUUUAAUUUGCACAGAGAGUUGUGCUUUUGCUGUUACAUAUUGGGCUCUUCGUUUACCUGUUUCCUAUUUCUGGCAAGUGGCUUGUUACUCUGAUUUACAAAAGUUAAAGAUGUUGUGCAACAGUUUACAAACUUUCCUUUUAACACUCAAGUUAUUAAAUUGUAGAUAUUUUAUGAUCUAAAAUGUCAGAUGUUGCAGAUGAACACGACUUCAAUUGUCCCUAAGAAUACUUUAUUUUUCAGUAAGUAAAGAGAAUUAAUGGUCAGUGGAAGUUACAAUUUACUUUAGGAACUGGAUCCACCUUGGCAUGCAUUUACUGUUCCAGUACUGUUUGGCAUUUUCAAGCACCAUAUGUUGCAUGGUACUUAGAUUCAUGCAUUCAAAAAAAAUUAACUUCUGGGUUUUCUGCAUCACUGCAGCAGAGGUCUUAUUUUAAAGCUGUUUGAUUUGUCUCUUACAAAGAGUAUUUUACAUAAAUUGACAAUGUU